CAAAUUUUGACUUUUGUCGAAGUCAAAAUCUUUGGUCAAAAUCAAAUAGUUAAGUUGAAUAGUGAAAAUUAGGAAAGUGAUUUUACAUUAUUAAUAUAAAAAUUACAACAAUGGAUGAUGAUAGCCUAAAUGAAUCGCCUAAAAAAGGUCCAACUUUAUCAACUUCAACAUCAAGUUUUGAGGCAUUAGAUCCACAUGAUCCAAAUUUGAGUCGAUUAGCGACUACAAUGUUUCAGAAAACCGCCGAUUAUUUAUAUGGUGAAUUAACGGCUACUCAUGAAGAUUAUAAAUUAUUGGAAAAUAUGAAUCAAACAACGAUUAGUAAAUAUAGUGAAAUGAAAAAAAUUGCAAGUAGUGUUUCAAAAACUAUGAUUGAACUUAACGGAAAAUAUGAAGCCUUACAACCGUAUUUAGAACAGAUUGACCAAAUUGAAGACAGCAUCACGAAAUUAGAACAAGCUGCAUAUAAACUGGAUGCAUACUCAAAACGUUUAGAAGCAAAAUUUAAACAAUUAGAAAAACGAUAAAUAAACUCACGGUCUAAUACUUUCUUCUAACAUAUCGUUCGUAAUUUUAUUUAAGAUUGUACAGCUAGUUACAAUGGAUCUAAGAAGAUUUUUUCGUAUGUCUGAACGUUAAUUAUUUAUCUCAAAACAUGUUUAUAGGUCAAGAAAAAUUAUAAAAUUUUGUAUAUGUACAAAAAUACGAAGCUUUUUGACAGAUCAGUCUAUCUGUGUAAUUAAUAUUAAGUUCACGAAUGAAAUUUUUCAUGAAUAAAGCUAC